AUGGCCACUCAUCACAGGCGGCCCGGGUUAGCAGCGCCAUCUUUCUUUGAUAAUCAAAAUGACUCUUUAGUACCUCGACGCGAACUGGGACUGGGAACUCGGUCUGACAGCGGCCAAACCGAUCUUAGCUUCAUGUCUGCCAUUAGCGUCUACGAUAGGGGUGUAACAGAGUAUGCCAAAUGGCAAGAUGAAAAGUUAGGACUGGAUACGUCAGCUGGUCGCUCAUCCAUCACUGAGUCCGUGGGCGAGAUUUCCGACGUUUCCAGCAUGGACGAAAUGAUAUGGGAAGCCAUUUUCCAGCCAGAGGAUUCAGGCCUAAAAAGAUUUCUACCUCUUGAUAAGCUUAAGAUUCUCAUGAAUCGUCGAAGCCUGGAGAGCCUGCUUGAGGGGGCGGGCUUUGCUUCCGAAGAAGUUGUGCGAAUGGCCUCGACGAUCCUAGGCGAGCCUGGGCCUAACAAAUCAGAAACAAGAACGCCUGGGCUAAAAAGAAUAUUCGCUAUUUUGGUUAUGGUCCGGCGCAUACAGGCGAUUGAGAAGUUCAUUCAACAUGAGAUUGAUGACUCAGUGCUCCCUGUAAAGAUUCGUGCCGUGGAUAACCAGAGUCGACAGUCUGGGCUCAAACAUGUCCCUCGAUGUGAAACAAAAUCUCGCUUCGACAACUCCAAAGUAGAAGACUGUCUGUGGGGAUUCACCAAAAAAGAGAUGGGGCAUUUUGAUAUGUAUCAACAAGAAAUUCACCUACCAUUCUUUAGGUUUUCAGGAGAUGAUGGUCACUUUCGGUUUUACGAUUUAGACACCGAGUGCGUCUUGCCUUUCAUCAGUAUGAUACCAGGUGAAGCUGGAGGGAACGGAAAAGUCAGCAAAGUACAGAUUCACCCAGCACAUCAUGAUUAUGUGGAUCCUCGCAAGAAAAAGGAAGACGUCUAUUUUGCCUGGAAAAAGCUAAUUAGAGACGAUUGCAAUGAAUUCAGACAAGAGGUGGAGAAUUUGGAGAGGUUAUCGGCAAAACGAGGACACAGGGAUGACCAUCUUAUGCGUCUAGAAUUGGCGUGUCGACAUGGCAAGGACUGCUAUCUUGUGUUCCCAUGGGCAGACGGAGACCUUGCGCAUUUCUGGCGACACGAGAACCGAAGUCGCAACUUCUUCAAGCACGACGAUGUCGUUUGGUUCUUUGACCAGUGCCUCGGGCUGUCGACAGGCCUCCGACGUCUCCACGACCUUCAUAGCUUUGAGCGUCCAGUAUUUGGUGCUGAUGGGCGUUACCGGGCAGAGGACUUGGUGGCAGAGGUCGAGAACGACAAAUUAUAUGGCCGUCAUGGUGACAUCAAGCCAGAGAAUAUUCUUUGGUUCCGGGACUACAACGGACAAAGGGAUCACCUGAUGAUAACAGAUUUUGGUUUGACCAAAUUUCACAGUCGGGACUCAAGAUCGCAUCCAGGCUCAGGCGGACUCGCAGGCACAGACACGUAUCAGCCUCCCGAAGUUUUUCUCACCAAAAAAGUCACACGCAAAUACGAUGUCUGGUCUUUGGGAUGCGUAUUCGUCGAGUUUGUAUCCUGGUUUUUUCUUGGAGUGGAUGCAACGGAGGAUUUCUCAACGGCUCGACUUCCUGAAACAAAUGAAGCAUUCAGGCCAGACACUUUUUUCGACAUUGAAUGUUCCGGCGCUGGCUCAGCUAGAGUCAAGCCAGGUGUUCUGAAGUGGAUUAAGGACAUACGCGACUCAGAAUACUGCCCAAGGGCUGUCGAUGAUUUUCUGCAACUGAUACUGGAUUCUAUGCUCCAACCACAGGUAGAGAAUCGCUUUGAUAGUGCAAAGGUCUGUACUGGACUUCGGAGAAUAUUUCAAAGAUGCCAGGCGGACAAAUCUUACGCGGUAAAUGAUUGCUCUGUCGCCCUUUCGUCGACCACCAACUGGAUAAUGGAGGAGCCUGAGGAGUUCAACAAUUUCCAAACCGAAGAGAUUGACUUUCCAGUGGUCAAUGAUAAGAUGGUCUCUGACAACCAAGAAUUCGAAAAGGGGAUGCCGAGAAUCAGCCUGGAAUCAGCCGCGGCGGAUAUCGACAUAGAAACUCCCGAUGCGAAGUUCGAGCCAGACUGGGGUAACAAAGAUAGCGAAUGGAGAAUUACGAUGUCAAACUGGGAGGCAGUGCUUAGGGACUUGUCACAACGGAAAGGUGAGCAAGUUGAUUGCGGGAAGAGGAACGCGGAGAUGCCAAUUCUUCCUUGA